CAAAGAAAAUGAUUGAAAAAGACAGUGUCUCCCGAGAGGAAUAUCUAAUUUUACAGAAGAAAAAUGCCAUACUCGAAGCACAACUCGCAGAAUAUGGAAAAGUUCAAACAUCAUGCUCAGACAACCUUGACUCGAUGCGAGCAAACUUGAAUGCCCUGCAAGAGCUGCUGGUCAAGUGUAGAGCGGAACUGUCGAUUAGCGCAAUCCAUACACCCUCCCACUCACCACCGUCCCUGAAGGAAAAUCCUCACUCGCUGGACAUAGUCACGACGACGCCAACGUCGACCCGACCCAGCAGCUCUGCUGCCCUGAAAAGUGAAAUUGAACUACUGAAAGCGCAGUUGGAUAUCUACAAAAGUGACUUUGCCGAAGAACGAAUUGCGCGUCUAACUGUGAUGGCGGAAAAGAAUCGCCAAGCCAGCGAGUUGCAACAGCUUCAACAGCAGAACCGAACUUUGAUCGUCGAAGCGUUGAACGGCCAAGCGGAACAGCAGAAUUACAGCCGAAGGUGUAGCCGAAUGUCUCAGGGAAGUGAUGGGGGUGUAGGUAAUGAGUCCCAACAGCAGCUGAGGAUGGGAGACGAUACGUAUAAGGCGGAUCGAAAGAACACUUCCUACUGUCAGCACUGCAAUGGAGUUUUCGGGGAUAUUCACUCACUCGAGACGCACAUUGACGAGUGUCCGGCGUAUUGAUAUGUGCGAUUUUUUGUAAUGAUUUAAUUCGAUGAGAUUAUACAAUGAAAUGCGUGCGUAAAUUUA